AUGAAAAUCACAUCCCCAAGCAGCAGCAGCAGCAGCAGCAGCAACAGCAAGAACAAAGAGAUGACUCACACUAUAACAGUUACAUCUCCUACAUCUUCAACGACUCGUCGUCCACGUGCUCAAAGUUUGCAGUGUCCAGUGCCUCGUGAAUGUUGUAGUUCUGGUUCAUUUGUAAGUAAAUUAUUCCGUAUGAUUGACUCGGAGCCGUCUACAAUUGUAUCAUGGUGUCGUGGAGGAAGUGCCUUUUGUAUUGUCGAUGCCAAGAUGAUGGCCGAGCAUUGUUUACCCAAAUACUUUCGUCAUCGUCGGUUUUCCAGUUUGAUCCGUCAAUUGAAUUUCUACAGUUUUUAUCGUGUUCAAGAAGGACAAUUGACGAUUUACCAACAUUCUUUCUUUCGUAAAGGACGUCCAGAUUUACUUGUACAUAUUAAACGACGGGGUGCUGGGAAAGCAAAAGAUCCGUGGUUUGAUCCCCUGGCUCAUACAAGUAACAAAGCACCGGAAUCAAUGAGUAGUACUCGAGUCUUGACUUCUUCGACAAAUAAUGCACUGCCAUCGACAAUGAAGUUGGCCCCUUUGGGUCUUGCGGCUUGUUAUUCACCAAUGGCCAAGCCCAUUGCUCUGGAUAAUAUGUCACCGGUAUUGAAACCUACUAUGGUACAAAAUAGUCCACCUUCGGUGGAUUUGGGUGGCUUAUUUCUUGGUGAUGGACUCAUGAAGAAGGACAUGGACCACGCGUACCCAUUGUCGUCGGCACUCAACAUGAAGAACGAGCUUUUGUUUGACGAGAUGGAGAUGGACUCGAAUCUGUCUCUUUCAAAAACAUCAAGUAGCGUGGCUGCGCCAUUGGACAUUGACAUUCAAGACUUUUUGACAGAUGACUGUAAUAUCACACCUGGUCAGAUUGAUGAUCGUCUGUGUGGCGGUAUGAGUUUGAACAAGUGCGCGAUGGUGUCACGUGACUGUCUUAAGUUUGAUGAUCCGGAAAACCUCGAGUCGUCGCCUUUGUUGACGAAUCAAGAAGAUCCAGAGCCGGUGAAUUUUGAGAAUGAAGUGCUUAUGGACCUUGCCAAUGUGGAGCCGGGUGCGUGGGAGGUGCCGCUGUCGCCGUUGAAUGAAGAAGAGGACGUAAUGCCGUGGCUGGACUUGUGCUUUUAG